UUCUGAUAAUUUGUUUUUUCGUUUUAGUGCUAACUAAAUAUGACGUCACGGUUAUGGCCGCCAUAUUUAUAUAUCGCAGCAAUUAUUUUUCUUUCCGUCGAUAUCAUACUUGCUGUUUCAUACUUCGUAUGGUUAUGCAUAAAACGUCAACUGAACAAAAAAAAUAAAAAAGACCCAGAUAAAGAGCGAUUACUUGAUAUUAAAAUGGAUCCAUUUACGACAAAACCAACGACUGACGUCGACUAUUCUCCCGACAUUUUUGAAAUACCAUGCCGAAAAAUCAGUGUUAGGGGAAACGAAAGAAAUCUGCGUUUGAAAAAAUUCAAAACCAUUCGAAGGUCAACAAAUAUUGAUGAAGAAUCCUUCGAUGUGGAAAAAUAUGAAAAGUUUUCGCACAAAAGAAAGUUAAGUUCUAUCCCAAGAUUGUGCUUCGAAUUAUAUUACGAUUUUCGUACGUCAGAAGUAUUGGUGUCCCUGAAAUGCGGUAAACAUCUUCCAGAAUAUAUCAACGAACAAAUAGUUGUGAGUGUUUUGAUGUCUCAUUGUUUUACCAUCUUCCACACCGUCAGAGUUGAUGGUCCUAACCCUACGUUUAACGAAAACCUGCGAUUUCCAUUGGAUAGCAUGCUGAUCUCUUCGGAUCCUCCAAUCACAUUGAAGUUCAACAUAUGGACAAUCGAUAGAUAUUCGAGGAAAAACCCGUUUGGAUACGUUGAAGUAAGCAUUGAGGAAAUAUUUACACAACACGGGGUGACCCCGGCUCAAGGUAAAGGACUUGUAUGGCGUAAUAUUCUUAGAUCUGAUUCGUUGAAAGACGAGAGUUUGCAAGGCGAUGUUCUCAUCUCCCUUUCCUAUCUCCCUGGAGCGCAAAGAAUUAGCCUAAUUCUCGACAAGGCCAAAGAUUUAGUUCUCGCAGCGAAUGAUAAAGACAUACAAGGGAAAAUAACUUUUUGUUAUCGCGAAGAGGAACAAAAGGUUUUCUAUAGUAAUUUUAUACCCAUGGUCACAAAUCCAAAAUUUAACGAAGAAUUUGUGUUUUGUUUGCUGGAGUACAAGAAUAUAAAUAUCGACGGUAUAACUAUUAGUGUGGAGUUGCAAAGUAGACAAGUUAAACGGUCAAUGAAACCUCGGGUUAUCGGAAAGUUCACUAUCGGUAAAUCAGGGAUGGCGGAGCGUGCAGGACAGGAACACUGGGCGGCCAUGUUAACUUCGAAAUCGUCAACUUUCAAGUGGCAUUCUCUACAGUCAUGUGAAUAAAUCAAAAGAACUAAAAAAAUUGUAUAAGAAAUGUUUAGAGAAAUUAUUAUAUAUAAAAUAGAUUUUAAAAGUAAGAAUUUAUUGUACAAAAAAAACUUCAUUAAUUUCGAACCUCGAAAAUUUUCAGACUUCUUAGACAUAAAACGUUA